AUGGCAUUUGAUUCUAACGGUUUAUACGCUUCAGCAAUGUCGGAUUUAGAGUGUGAAUAUCCGAGAUCAGAAUUUUGUAGACCAUUUUUACCAGAAGAAGAAAAAACAAUUGAAAGACUCUUCAAUGAACAAAAAUUUAGACCAAAAACUGCUAUUUUAAAAGUCUGGUUUGAGUAUCUCACAAACAUGUUCUUCCAACCGAUACCAGCUAAAGAUAAAAUCAGUUUUACGAACAAAGAAGGAAAAAAGGAAACUGGCACUAAAAUCGGAUUCAGAAAUGGUUUCUGUUAUGACGUUUUAACAUCGGUCGAUAUUCAAGAAAUAGUAAAAUCUGGAGGACGAAUUAUUAGAAUAUUAGAUGGAGAUAUACAAAAAUCAUUGGGUUCUCUUCCUGGAUUUCCAUGGGCGAAAUAUCCCGGAGAAAAACAUCUUCCCGGUCAUAAUUAUACCGGUCCAGGUACUAGGUUAGAUCUGCGAUUAGACGAAAACGAUAAACCCAAACCAGGGGAAGAACGAGUCAAUAGAGUUGACGCCGCCGCGCUUAAACACGAUAUUUUAUACAGAAACAAAGACAUAAACUUCAGACACGAAGCAGACAGACAAAUGAUAAUCGAACUUGAAAAUAUUCCAAAUCCAACUUUCAAAGAGAGAAUGCAAAGAGCAUUAAUCAUUAAACUGUUAAAAGCGAAGAUGAAAUAA